AUGUAUCAUACAAACGUCUCUUAUGAUCAUGAUUUAGACACAGUUUCUAUUAAUGAACUUUCAUCAAAUGAACAACAUACAAAAUCAUCAAAAUCUAUACAACGAACAAGUAAUCAUUCAAUAACCGAUCAAAAUUCUAAUUUAAAUAAUCUAUCGUCUACAACGAUCGAUGAACAACAGCAAAAUGAUACUACAUCAGAUCAAGACGUAGUGAAUACAGAAAAUCAACCUACAAAUUCAUCUGAUGAUGGUUCAUAUUAUUCUUUAAAACAUCUACGUGAAAGACGUCGAGGUCAACGUGAUGAAGAUUCAGAUUUACCACGACGUGUUAAACGAUUUUAUAAACAUCAAGAUGAACUUAUUGAUGUUUAUGAACGUUUGUAUCUUCAAGGAUCAGAAAAUGGAACAGAACAUGAUGCUCAUAAAGAACAAUUAGAAAAAAUUAAAAAAAUGUCGCAUAUUUUAACUAAAGUUUCACUUGGUGUUAAUAUUUGUUUAUUUAUAUUAAAAAUUGCUGGUGCUAUUAUUUCAAAAUCGCUUUCAGUUGUUUCUUCUGUCAUUGAUUCAGCUGUUGAUCUUACAACAUCAGUUAUUUUAUUUUGGGCAUGGCGUGCUAUUAAAAGACGAGAUGCAUAUCGUUAUCCACAAGGUCGUACACGUCUUGAACCAAUAGCUAUUGUAAUUUUAUCUGUUAUAAUGUGUGCUGCAUCGGUUUUGGUUAUUUAUGAAUCUGUUAAUACAAUUGUUAAUGAUGCACAAUAUUUUACCCAGCAAAAUACUACAAAAACUUUAACAAAUAUUGAUAUGAGUGCAUUACCUGUAUCAGUUAUGGUUAUAACAAUUGUUAGUAAAGCAAUUUUAUUUCUUCUAUGCUAUCGUCUUAAAACUCCAACUAUGUCAGCAUUGAGUUCUGAUCAUCGUAAUGAUGUUUGUUCUAAUAUUGUUGCACUUUUUUGUGGUCUUAUAGGUUCAUUUGCAUAUAGAAAUAAAAUAAGUCAAGAAGCCAUUGUCAUCGAUCCUAUUGGUGCUGUUCUUAUUUCACUUUAUAUUAUUAUUACAUGGAUUCAACAAGCAAAUGGUCAAGUAAAACGUUUAAGUGGACAUACAGCUGAUCCGGAAUUUCUUUCACAAAUAACUUGGUUAACGUAUAAUCAUUCUCCAUUAAUUUUGAAAAUCGAUACAGUACGAGCCUUUUAUUUUGGUUCAUUCUAUCUAGUUGAAGUUGAUAUUGUUUUACCUGAAGAUAUGUUACUUAAAGAAGCACAUGAUAUUGGAGAAUCAUUACAAAACAAACUUGAAGAUUUACCUGAAGUUGAACGAGCAUUUGUUCAUAUUGAUCAUGAAUAUUCUCAUAAUCCAGUCAUUGAACAUAAAAUUGUUUAA